GCCGGCGGCGGAGCGCUGCCGCGGGGCAUGGCCCUGGCCCCGGCCCCGGCCGGCCCCCCGCCGGGGGGCACCUCGGCGGGGGAGAUGGAGCGCUACUACUGCCUGCUGCGGGCCGCCGCGCUGCUGGAGGCCGCCGCCGCCGAUACUGGUAACUGCAGAUGCUUCCAGGUUUGGGUGAUGGGGAUCUGUGCCUGAGCUGAAGCAUCGUCUGCAGAGAAACCCUGGAAGGCCCUGGAGAAGAAGCGCAGCCACCAGGUCAGAAGAGAGGACCAUCUGGUGCCGUAUCCUGCCUCCCACACUCUGCCGGGAAACUGCAAUACCCAUCUGUGCAAAGGACAUCAGUGAUGAUUUGAUGAAACAGUUUGCUUUUCUUUCUGGUGGCCGAGGGAAGGAUAAGGCUUGGAUUAUCACCUUCCCCGACAACUCUCGGUUCAACGACGUGCCCGAGGAGACUGUAACUAAAGUCUUAACGUACCUAACGUCAGUCCCAAGUCAACAUGAGCCUGACACCAAAUUUAUCCUAAUCCUGGAUAGAAGAUUGGACACGUGGACAUCCGUCAAAAUGACUCUCCAAAAAAUAGCAGCGUCGUUCCCGGGGAACCUGCACUUAGUGAUGGUUCUUCGUCCUACGGGUUUUUUCCAGCGCACCUUCACUGACAUUGGAUUUCGGUUUAGUCAGGAGGAUUUUCUGCUCAAGUUACCGGUGGUUAUGCUGAGCUCGGUUAGCGAUCUGCUGACAUACAUUGAUGAACAGCAGCUGACCCCGGAGUUCGGAGGCACCCUGGAAUACUGCCACAGCGAGUGGGUCAUCUUCAGGACUGCAAUAGAGAGUUUUGCACUAACUGUGAAGGAAAUUGCACAGAUGUUACAAUCUUUUGGCACGGAGCUGGCAGAGACCGAACUACCAGACGACAUGUAUUCAAUUGAGCGCAUCCUGGCUCUGCGCACAGAAAAGUACUACCAGCUCAAGGAAGAUAUUACGGCAGUCACAAAAGAAGGAAACUUGCUUUUAAGCAGUUUAGAAGAGCCUGAGGUGGGUGAAUGCAGUCAGGACCAGCACCGCGAGAGGCCUGGGGACUGGGAGACUGUGAAUCGGCUACUUGGUCAGUUGCGUGAGAUGGAGACUGCUUUCGAUGGUUUCUGGGAAAAACAUCAGUUAAAAAUGGAGCAAUAUUUACAACUGUGGAAGUUUGAGCAAAGUUUUCAAGAGGUCAAGAAUGCCAUUGAAUUUUUAAUGGGUCAGCAGGCGGAACUGCCCGACACUGGAGACAGUGUCUCCCAAGUGAAACAGAGGCUCAAGGACUUGAGUCAUUUUGAUGGUAUGGCUCAGGAUCUGAUAGGGAAGGCUCAGGUUGUGAUACUACAUGGACACCAGCUAGCAGCAAAUCACCACUACGCACUCAACUUAAUCUGCCAGCAAUGCAACGAGCUGCGGCACCAUUCUGAUGUCUUGUCUGAUGAAAUCAAAAGGAAGCAGAUGCGACUGCAGAAGACCUUGGAUCUUCAUACCCGCCUUCAGCAGGCCCUGCAGUGCUGUGAUGAGGGUGCCUACCUGCUCGCCAACCAGCAGAUGGACAAGUGCCAGUCUAAAGAAGGUGCUCAGAAAGCUCUCCAGGACAUAGAAAGAUUUCUUGAAAGCUCUUCACCAUACUUAAACUAUGAUCCCCAAGCACUACAAUAUGACUUUGAGUCAGUCUUAACACCUGAAUUAAAGUGCCAGAUACAGUCAGUGCAGGUCAAGCUUGAAAAUGUUCGAAGCAUGUUUGAGAAUCGGCAGUCUUGCUUCAAGAAGCUGUUGGAUAAACACGUGCGUCCUGUCCAGUUAGUAGCCCCUCGGCCAGAAAAUCCUCCACGAUCAAAAUCACCAUUAUUCUCUCCUAAACAUGGUGUGGAUUUUAAUUCCAGUUUGAAAUUUUCAUUUGACCUCUCUCUUCCUGGGAAGAAAACAUCAAGAAAAACUCCAAGUUCUCGCAAGAUUGAAGUAAUGCAUGACUAUCAGGAAAAAAGGAAUUCUUUACAAUCGUUUAUUUCAGACAGUGAUGACAACUUAGAUAUACUAAAAGGCCAUGUCAUAAAUGAGCUUAUAGAAACGGAGAGAGUUUAUGUAGAGGAGCUAUUCACUGUUCUGACGGGCUACAGAGCAGAGAUGGACAACCCUGCCAUGGUCAUUCUCUUGCCUCCCGUGUUGAGGAACAGGAAGGAUGUCCUUUUUGGAAACAUGCCUGAGAUAUAUGACUUCCACAACAAAAUUUUCCUGCACAGUUUGGAAAGCUGCCUGGGAGCACCCGAGAGAGUGGGAUUUUGUUUCCUAGACAGGCGAGAGGAUUUUCAGAUGUAUGAGAAAUACUGUCAGAACAAGCCCCGGUCGGAGUCCCUGUGGAGGCAGUGCUCUGAAAGCACCUUCUUCCAGGAGUGCCAAAGAAAAUUAGAGCACAAACUCGGGUUGGAUUCCUAUUUGCUCAAGCCAGUGCAGCGCCUGACAAAAUACCAGUUACUUCUGAAGGAGUUGCUAAAGUACAGCACGAGCUGUGAUGGAGUUCAGGAACUUCAAGAAGCUCUGGUUGCAAUGUUGGAUUUGCUAAAGUCAGUCAAUGACUCUAUGCAUCAGAUUUCAAUAACAGGAUAUGAUGGCGACUUGAGUGAACUAGGAAAAGUAUUAAUGCAAGGAUCUUUCAGUGUUUGGACGGGACAUCGAAAAGGUCCAACAAAAAUGAAGGAUCUUGCCAGGUUCAAGCCAAUGCAGAGGCAUCUCUUCCUGUACGAGAAAGCUUUGGUCUUCUGCAAGAAGCGAGAGGAUCAUGGAGAUGGAUAUGAUAAAACUUCAUCUUACAGUUUUAAGCAUUUUUUGAAAAUGAAUGCAGUUGGAAUAACUGAGAAUGUGAAAGGAGAUCAUCGAAAAUUUGAAAUCUGGUAUAGUGGACGAGAAGAAGUAUACGUUGUGCAGGCCCAAACAGUAGAUCUGAAGAUGGCGUGGUUAAAUGAAAUAAGAAAAAUUUUGUUCAAGCAGCAGGAGCUUAUAAAAGUGGAGAAGCAGCAACCGGGCUCAUGCACAGACCAGCUCCACCUCUCCUCCCAGCUGAGUGACGGAAAGCAGCAGAGAGCCUCCAUAAGCUCAGAAGAGAAUGACUCGGAGCGCACCAGCCCGGUGCCACUGGACAGCGUGCUCCUGUCUCCCCAGAGCAAGCCCCACAGAAGCUGGCCAGGAAUGUCACAGUCCCUGGAAAUCUGUGAGGGGCUAGAGGAGUGGUCCGGUAACCAGUACCUGUCCAAUUGCUCGGACACCGAGGAGGAGGAGGGGAACCAAUUGUCUCCAGGAAAAUAUAAAGCUCUUGCAGACUGCAAGAAGAGAGGAUCAGAGGACCUGCUGGUGAAAAACGGGGAUGAAAUCCAGCUUUUGCAUGAAGAUGGUGAGGGACAGUGGUUGGUGAAAAACCUAAACAGAAGAAAAGAAGGCUGGAUUCCCGUCCACAGUCUGCAGAUAGUAGUCGGUGACUGUAGAUUUCGGAAUGCCAAAGUCGCAGAUGCUGCCCUGUGUAACACAAGAAAGUUUAGUUCCCCUUGAAUUACGGGUGAACUAGUAGCAUCCUGGUUUUGAUGCUCUUGGAAGCUUUCAACUAAGUGUUACAGAGAAAUAGCACAGUAGUUGGAGUUGUCCAGUACUAUUCAUCACAUUCACAGAGCUCCACAGCUUCAUCUGCACUGAACGGGACCGGGGUCCUAAGCAGCUUCUCAUAGUCAUAACGGAAGCCAUUCUCUGCUCUUUUUUUUCCUUUUUUUUUUUUUCCUCACUAUGGAAAGUACAGUAUUUUAUUAUUUUUACCUGCUGUUUUUUCAUGGCAUCCAUCACGUUUCAUCAGAGAAGUACACUACGGUUUCCUGACACUUGGUUUAGAUGCUUGAAAUUUCCUCUACAGGUUGAAGGCUUUAUCUCCUUACUAGCUGACAACUGCUGAAGUUGAUUUCAAAUAAAACAGUUGAGUUUUGGUAAACCAAAAACAAACAAAAAACAUCAAAGAGCUGUAUGUCCUGCUUAAUUGAUUUUAUGGAUGAAUUUUUCAUAAAUAUCUACUUCAGCUAUGUGAAUGUAAUGUUCUGUAAGAGCAUCAUCUGGCUGACUCACAUGCGAAGAUGCAAUAAUGCUAAAGAUCCUUUUUUUGCACUUAGGGUCUGAAUCCAGCCCAUUGCAGUCAGUCCCACUGAUUUCAGUGAGGUUUGGAUCAGGUCAAACUGACAACUCAGGGUUGUCGCCAAUCGCUUAGGGUCCCAAAGCGUCCCAAGACUGAAACCUGUAUCAAGCAAGUGUUGAAGUUUACAUUUAAUGUAUGUACUUUUGGAACACGUGCCAUAAAUCAAAGUUAAAUGUCCAUGUUUGCACUAAGGAUGUUCUUGUGACAAGACUACUUUUCAGCAUCUUUAACGAUAAUGCAUCAGUUGAAUUUUCGGGAAAGAAAAAGAAUAUUGAACACUCAAUUUAAUUUUGUGUUUCUUUGUCUAGAUUUGCUUUUGUAGAUCGUAAGUACAGGUGGUUUGACUUUUAAGCAGAUGUGUGCGAAGAGCAUCUGACUAUGUUGAGAACAGGGUUAAUAGUAUGCAUGCGGUAGUGGACUUGCUCUGUCCUGUCAAAACAAAAUGUUUUAUACCAUGGACUGAAGGGGGACCUUUGUGAUCUGACUUUGAUUUGUGAACCAUGAAUUCUUAGCUACAGUACCAAGUUGUUAAGUUCAAACAUACUGGUUUUCUUUCUGGUGACCACUUUUGUACAAAGGACUUGUUGAACUGCUUCGUGGCUGUCGCUGCCCGGGGGUUCCCUGCCACGCUGCCACACCGCCGUGGGCAUCUCUGCAGUGUGGGUGGCCAGCGUUGUGGGCAACCCCCAUACACGGCCAAAAACGAGACCAGCUGAGUCUGAGCUGAACAACGCUGCAAGACCUAGAAAGAGCCCAGUAUUCUUCAGCCACUGGAAAUCAAACCAGGGAGGUUUUAAGUCACUGAAGUUUAUUUCUGUCUGUUUUAAAGCUGGUCAUGAUGCACUUGCUAGGUGGAAAAGUAGGAUUCUCUGAAGUUACUAAGGGGGCUGUUUAUAGUGGUAGCAAUUCUUGUGGUAACAGUACACAUUUUGAGGUACAACUGUAAAUACUUGUCUCAAGCAUAGCACACAUUGCAUAUUAAAUGGUUUUAAUCUUUUUGUCUUCCAUAGUUUUAAAUCUAAGCUUUUAUUAAUUUAUGAGAUUGAUUAGUUCUGCAAAUCUGAAUGUACAGUCUGAGAUUUUUAACAUUUGAAACUUUGCACAUGACAUGGUAUGUUACCUUAAGUAUGCUGUUGAACUAGGCUCUUCAUGUACAUGUUAUUAUAAAUUACAGUAGGGAAUUUUCUGACUGCAAGUUUAAAUGAACUAUAUUGUAUAUGUACCUGUAAAAAAUGUGUUAAAUCUAUAUUUAAAGAUUAAAAGUUGUUAAAUAAA